GAUGAUAUUAACCUGCUUUUGGUUCUUAAAAAUCUUACACCUUAUCACAGACCAGUUAAGGUUAUUCUUAGUGCUUCUGCUAUUCUCUAUACUGGGAAACGAGUGAAUGACAUAUUCACAGAUCAGAAGUCGUUGAUUAUCAGCCCAAACCAAGAUGCACAUAUUUCCUUGCAAAUACCAUACUCCCACUACAGCAAAGGUCUUAAUGAGGGUAAUAUGAUUCAAAUGGUUGCCCUUUGUGAAUUACCAUUUGGAGCAAAAGUGGUCGUCACUAAGGAUCUUGUGCUGGAGAAUCCACCGAUUAUUAUUAAGCCUCUAUCUACUGCUAUGCUGCACAAAACAAUGGCUCUGGAGAUCCGG